UAUGUGCCCAUACGGCAGUUCCGGAUCUGGCUAUCAUUUGCAAAGAUGGCGACAGCUCCAAUUGAAUCCAUGAUAGUAGAAGAUAAAUCUGAACCUGAGAAACCAGUUGAUCGCGAAAAAACUUGUCCCCUCUUGUUACGUGUGUUCUGCAGUACAGGGCGUCAUCAUAAUAUGAUAGACUACAGUAGAGGCAAUGUUCCUGCCAAUGAAUUACAGAUUUAUACCUGGAUGGAUGCAACACUCCGUGAAAUUACCAGUUUGGUUAAGGAAGUAAAUCCAGAGGCCAGAAGAAAAGGGACCUACUUUGAUUUCUCCUUAGUUUUCCCAGAUGUGAGGAGCCCUGGAUAUAGAAUGAGAGAGAUAGGAACAACAUGCUCUGGACAAAGAGGUUCUGAUGAUGGUAAAACUUUGGCACAGGCAAGGUUUUGUAUUGGUGAUUACAUGGACAUUUCCAUUACUCCACCAAAUCGCGUAAUGCCAAUGAUGAGAAGACGGCCAUACUGAACUGCUGCAGUUUGGCUGAUGAAGAUGAGAUAUUUCAGAAGAAAUGGAAAUGUUAUGUACCAACAUGUAAAUAUGGACUUCAGUAAUCACAUGUGAUUCUAUAUAAGAAGCUUACAAGUUAUGAUGCAUAAUUGUCACUUUUUCCAUAGAUAUUCUUUAAGGUGAAACUUCAUGUGUAAGCAUUCAAAAUACAUGGUCUUAAAAUCCAUGCCUGUGAAUUUCAGUUUUGAUUUUCUGUCAUUGGUUUUGUACAAUAUUGAAUAUACCCAGCAAAAGUAUCGUUUGCAUGAUUCAUCCUGUACCCUGUCUUUUAAAAGAAGUGGUAUAGUGUGAACUUUCCACAAAACCACAUGAAGUGUUUCAGUUUGAAAAUUCUGAUAUACAGGACAGUGGAUAUUGUAUCAGGAGGCACGGUGGCAAGAAACUCCUUUCAUCUGUGACAGGUCUCUCUGGGGAUGAUCAUUCCAAGGUGUGACUGUCUCCAAGCAGGGUUGAGUUGUGUACUGAUGGCAGAUUACUUCAAGAAGUGCGCACAUAUUAUGCAUUUAAGGUAAAAAGAAUGGGAGAAGUAGAGAAAAGUUGCUACAUAAUAACUCCAUGUAACACGGUCAUUGUGAAUCUAAAAAUUGUUUAGCUAUUCCAGAAGUUCUCAAAUUUGUACACAACCUGAAGGUUCAUCACUAUGUUUGUAACAUCUCAUUCUUAGCUAGAUAAAUCCUUGCAACAUUUCUUUAA